AAAAAAGAGAAAUUUAGGUUGACGUUUGUUAGGAGAGACAACCGUCCUCAGUGAUGACAAGAAACACGUCAAGUAUAGAAGACACAGGGAUUGGUAUACCGUACAAAUAACAAGAAAGAAUGCAGUGGUUUCAAGGAAGCAUUCCUGAGGCAAUUGGUGCUGCUAAGUCUCGGAAUGCCAUUUUUGUGGUAUACGUGCAUGAUUCUUCAGAGGAAUCAAAGACUACAGAUGGAGCCUUAACUCACAAGAACAUAUCUUCUUCACUAGGCUCAGACAACUUUGUAGCAAUACAAUUAGAAAAUGGGACUGAAGGUGCUAAGCAGUUCUCCCAGAUUUAUCCACUGGUAUUGGUGCCGUCCCUGUUUUUUAUAAGUGGUCAAACAGGAAUACCACUUGAGGUGCUAGGAGGACCACUUACUGUAGAAAAUUUGCAACAGAAGCUGAAUAAAUUGGUUCCAGGUCUUGAACAGGAAACUACACUAAAUUCUGGUGCUGAUGAUGAGGCUAGCACUAGCAGUGACUUCCGUCAGGAGCAGCAAGCUGACCUUGAAAAAUCCAAUGAAAACCUUCCGAAUUCAUCAAGCUGUCCCACAGAGGAGUCAGAAUUCCUUGGAGAAGAUAAAAGUGAAGCCACAGUUGAGGUUCACUCAGUCAAGAAAACAGAGGGAGACGAUAAAAGUGAAGCCACAGUUGAGGUUGACUCAGUCAAGAAAACAGAGGGAGACGAUAAAAGUGAAGCCACAGUUGAGGUUGACUCAGUCAAGAAAACAGAGGGAGAUGAUAAAAGUGAAGCCACAGUUGAGGCUGACUCAGUCAAGAAAACAGAGGAUGAUCCUGAACCCCAACCAGGUACAAGUGCUGAAGGACUAGAGGACGACAUGCCUUUAACUGAGAAAGUUGAUCGAGCAAAGUUCCUAUUGGCACAGAAGCAAGCAAAAAUAAAACAAGAGAAAGCUGAAGAAGAAAAACUGAAAGAGGUAGAGCGACGGAAGAUGGGACAAGAUGUUUCCAAGAGGAAGCAACAACAAGAUGAUGACGAACUAAGAGCAGCAGCAAGAGAAAGAAGGAAGGACAAGGAAGAGGACAAAUUAGCACGGGAAAGAGUCAAAGCUCAGAUUGUCGCAGACAGAGAAGAACGUGAUUUCCGUGCAGCUCUCUUGCGUGGUGAACAUCCUUCUUCAAAUCAAGGACCUGCUCCUGUAGUAAAUGUUGCCUCAGCUUCCACUUCUGCAGGAUCCCAUAACACUAUAUCUCGACUGAAGUUUCGUUUACCUGAUGGCUCUUCAAGUAUAGCUCAGUUCCCAGCAGAAGCAAACCUGUCAGAGGUGAUCCAACAUAUUCAACAGAAUGUGAACCUUCCAUUCUCUAGCUUCAACCUGGGAUCCACAGUCAAUCCUAGACCAUUCACACCAGAAGACUAUAGCACUUCACUCAGAGAUUUGGGUCUGGUGCCUUCAGCUAUUAUGGUCAUCUUACCAAUUAGCUCUGGUGGUGGUGGCCGAGUGGUGCCAAGUAGUGGUGGAUUCUGGGAUUUAUUGUGGAUCUUACUGUCUCCCAUGACCUUCCUGUUUGGAUUAGUCAGGCAAUUCUUAAGAGGCAGCAGUGAACCUCGGACCCCUCCACCCUCCCCUGAUGAACCAGAAGCUAAGCGACUCAGGGAAGAAGGCCCAUCCAACUCUCAAAACCGACCGUCAACAGCUUAUGGAAGACGUGGAGAUGCCAGAUUGCGGAGAGAUGGGAAUAUCCAUCGUCUCGGAAAUAAUGAUGACGACGAUGAUGAAAAUAACACCUGGAAUGGUAACUCCACUCAGCAAAUGUGAAAGCUAAAGGGCAGAAAAUUUAUUGAUAGAAUAAAGAGAGAAUAAAAAACAUUUUGGCAUAGUGAUAUUGUACUGAAUAUGUACUAGUAGUAAAUAUUUUAUAGUCAAAGGGCCCAUCUGCAGCGACAUUUUUAGCAUAGACUGUACGGUAUAUCAAUAUAUCCAAACAAAUUAUUUUUUAAGGGAUGCUUUAUAUUUCGAACUCCUUAAAAGUUAGUGACUUGUCCAGUGCUAAUGAUACACUUUUAAGUUCCUGUGGAGUAUUAAUGAAAGUUUUACUCUUACUAUACCACCACUUGCCAGAUUUAUAAUUGCAUAAAGUAAAUUGAGUAAAUUCAGUAGCGUCUCCAACAUUUCAUGGUUAAUAUUUGCUUACACACACAUAAUGUAAAUGUGUGUAUUCAUACCUGUUCAAAUCAGGAGCAGCAUUUUGGUCAAACAGGUUGUUUAUAGAAGGAUAACUUUGCUAUGUAUUGUUAAUUUUUCAUGUGGUUAAACAGUUUGUAAAGUUGUUACAAAAUGGAUGAUGGGGUGUAAAUGUAUUUAAGCAUGUGUGGAGGAUAUAAUGUUUUGGAAGACUUAAGAACCUUCAGAAUUUCAGGUGUGUAAAUUUUUCAAGAGAUGUCUUGAUUCAAGUACUUUAUACCAUUUUAAAUCGACAAAUCUUGGAUUUCUUGUAGUUUCCAAGAUUCCUUAAUUUAUCACAAAGUUUGUAGAUUAUGUUGAUGAAUUUUUAAAGCAUGAGAGCAUGUGUGAUCUACUUAUAAAAUCCCUAUUAUGCACUGUGGUAUCACACAAGAAAUAUAAUAUAUUCUCUAAUGUAUAGAAAACUUUAAUAUACCUCUCCAUAAAACUGCAUCUUUUUAAAUGAUUUAUGCCUCUUCAGAAUGUUUUGUUUAUAUGGUGUGUAAAUUAAAUAUAUUGUCCUCUAUUCAUAGCAA